AUGUCUCUCUAUUAUGAGGCCGCAGCGAUCCUCGCGAACCCUGACAAGACCGGUGGCUCUCUGGUGUCGCGGAUCUACAAGAAGAAGGAUCUAAAGAGUUCGCCGGGUCAGGUCUUCGCGCUUGUCGCUGAAGCUUCGAAAUGGUCGCUUGUGUUGAAGGACGUAAUUGAGAAGUGCAGGCUGUUGGCUGAGGAGAGGAAGCUCACCCCAAUCCUCGCGCUUCUCCUCACCCACGACCUGCUCCUGGCCAAGAACGGUGUCGCUGCACCCGCAACCCACGUCCUCAAGCUUGCCGUUACGAGACACAAAGCCCGCCUAGGUGCCGAGUUCACCAAAGCUCGCAUACGCUAUGGACACGCUACGUUGGCCGCGUUCAGGGAAGCCGUGAACAAUGGCGAGCUCGAUACUGAAGAGGACGCAACACAAAAGGCCGUUCGACAUCCGCGAUGGGUACGAGUCAACGCCCUCAAGACGACACUGGAGCAGCAGCUGUCGACUACUUUUGCAGGAUUCAAAGAGGCGAAAACCCUCUCAGAGGUUCUCUUAGCACCAAGAGCGUCGAAGAUGUACUUUAGAGAUCCAAACAUCCCCAAUCUUCUCGCGCUCCCGUCGAAAAUUGAGUUGGGCAGGUCAUCUGCGUACACCAGUGGCCAGAUCAUCUUCCAGGAUAAGGCAUCCUGCUUCCCAGCAUACCUGUUAGAUCUGUCGCAAGAUGACGGAGACGUGAUCGACGGCUGUGCAGCGCCCGGAAACAAGACGACACACCUAGCGGCAAUAGUCUCUAGCCAGAGUAAUUCACGACAAAAUCAGAGGGUCAUUGCCUUCGAACGCGACAAGGUCCGGACUGGAACAUUGCAGAAGAUGGUUAAACUUGCAUCAGCGGACAAGGUCGUCUCUGUGAAAGGUAGCAGCGACUUCAUAGCUGCUAAGCCUGGAUCGGAUGAGUUUGCCAACGUCGGCGCCAUAUUACUGGAUCCCAGCUGUUCAGGAACCGGCAUCGUUGGGCGAGAUGACGCGCUCAAGAUGCACCUGCCCAUUCCCCAGGCCGGUGCAGACCACGCGCAGAAGACAAGCAAGAACAAGAAGCGAAAACGGGGCGACGAAACAGACACAGCAUCCGAGCCUGCUGCGGUUUUGGAUUUGGAUCUGGACGACUCGACACCGGAAGAAACACUCAUGGAUGGAAAGCUGUCCGAACGACUCACCGCUUUAUCAAAAUUCCAACUCCACAUCCUCAAUCAUGCCAUGCGUUUUGACGCAGCACGCAAGAUCACCUACUCUACAUGCUCAAUCCACUUUGAAGAAAAUGAAGGUGUUGUCUUCCAGGCCCUCGCGUCUACCGUUGCCAGGGAGCGCGGAUGGAAAAUCUUGAAGCGAGAGCGUCAGGUGGAGGGUCUGAAGAAGUGGAACGUUCGGGGAGUUUGGGAAGAGGAUAAGUUGAGUUGUGUCGUAGACGAAGAGACAAAGAAAGAGGUUCUGCAAUCAUGCAUUCGAUGCGACAAGGGAACUGAGGAGGGCACAAUGGGUUUCUUCGUCGCAGCACUUGUUCGAGAUGAUGUACCUACGUCGAACGGAUCAACCGAAGUAGCAGUUAGCAAAGAUGACGAGUGGAAAGGCUUCAGUGAAGAUGAAGCGGUACAAGAGAUGGCGAGCACAACCACGUCUGUAGAGAAUGAUACAAAGGAGCGAAAGAAAAAGAGGAGAAAAGAGCACAAAUGAUUUGGUCAUAGAGGUUUGUACGUCAAGUCAAGCGACCAUGGUUGUCGUGGUCGGAAAGGUGCACCUGGCCGGAAUAGCAUCGAGGUUGCAGGAGCAAUAGAUACCAGCAAUUGCGCGCAACUACCUCACUACCUCUUUCAAAUUCGAUCUCAACGCAUGGCAGUUGCGUCUACCCGUC